AUGAGAUACUCUGGAGUCUCUGGUUCUGGACAUGAUAUUCCUCUCACCGCCUAUCACGAUAUUUCUCAACCACAGACACAAAAUAACACGUUCGACAAAUCUUCCUCUCCGUCCGUCGACAUCAAGAAUGACCCCCCACCCGAAGAUGUCUAUGAGAACCAAUAUCAGUCGUAUCCGAAGCCUCUGGGAGAAUGGAGCCGCAGUCACUGGGUUUCCUUUCUCGUUGACUUCAUUUUCGUAGGACUUUCAGUCCUCUUCCUGACCCUGGCUGCCAUUUCAAUUUCCCUCGAUAAGACGCCGGCAUCUUCUCUCGGGUAUCACACACAAAAGGCCAUUACUUUAGCGCCUACAAUUUUCCCUAUAGUAUUUGCGGCUAUAACGGGGAAGUUUUUCAGAACAUUGGGUCUGCAUUGGGCAGAACGCGGGGUCCAAUUAGGGACCUUAGAACGACUCAUUGGAUGCCAAUCCCUGUUUGCUGCUAUUGAGAGGCAAAUUGCACUCCGGGGAGCUAAUUUUUUUGGCCUUGGAAUCAUAAUAAUCUGGGCUUUGUCUCCUAUAGGAGGUCAAGCAGCACUUCGUCUCCUUGGCGAAUCGCAACGGACUGUCUCCUACAAUUCAACGAUCCGAUUUUUGCCUAUCGAGCUUGCACAGCAGGAUACAGCCAUGAGUGGUGCUGAUGGCGUUGUCGAAGGGUGGCCUUCGUAUGGACCUACAUUCAUGACUGCGCUCAAAACCACUCGAAAGCUACAGAACUCGACGCAAGAUCUGUUUGGAAAUAUCAGGAUUCCAGUCCUUUCUGAAUUGAACUCGGUUUCCAAUGGAUCUUGGGCCACUGUCGAUUACAGCAAAGAAGUCCUUUACUCGUCGCUACUUGGGAUUCCAAUCGCCGGCAUUCCCGGUGAUGGAAACUCAUCAUUCCAGAUACUGAGUAGAUAUUGGACCGUCAAUUGCCCAAAACUAACCUAUAUUCCCAACUUCAACACUAGGCCUCACUACAACAAAUCGAGUGCACUUUUGAAAACGUCUGUGAGCACCUUUAUAAUGCAGUCGACUAGUACAUCAAGUGAUACUGAUCAUGGAUCCUUCAACUUGACAUCUAUAUCCUCAGAAGAAGACUCUGACGUUAGUGUUGCUUACUGUGACCUUACUUACCAAGAUGUCGAGUCAAUGGUCAAAUGUCAAAAUCAAGAUUGCUCAGUCAUCGCCAUGAAGAAUGCAACAACAGCUGCAAGCUCGAAACCUGUAACCGUCACUCCUAUGAUAAACAGUCUGAGCGCCCUUCCUCAAACGACCAUUGGAUAUCUACAUCAUGCUUCGAAAGAAGAAAGCACUUUGCUCGAGCAAUGGCUCGCGGACCCUAUUGCGGACUUUGUUUCUUUCAAAUACUCGAACCUCUCAACACUCGAUCCAGGCACAUUCAGUAGGAACAUGGAGGUGGCAUAUAAUACGUUCUGGCAAUCAACAUACGGAGCGGCAUACUUGACUGGCAAUCUCAGCUCUAAUCUAAGCACUUACGACAACAUCAGCACCAGCUAUGAAUUACCGCUGUACUUCAACUCCAGCCAGGCCAGUAUGGUUCGAUUCGAUGGGCAAGAAUACCACAGUAACAAGGCAUUUGGAGGCAUUUUAUUCAUCAUCUCCUUUUUGCUCCUCUGUGAGGCAGUGGCAUCAGUUGCCCUCAGGAUAACGACUCUCGCUCCCGAUAUCCUCGGAUAUGUAUCCUCUCUCACAAGGGAUAAUCCGUAUGUGGGAGUUAGUGGGGCCUCGCAUUUGGAUGGUCUUGAGAGAGCCAGAGCAUUGCAAGCUCUGAUGGUUACUCUUGGGGAUGUCAAUGUUGGCGCUGAAAUUGGGCAUAUCACGCUGACUGCGUCUGAGAAUGUGCAGCGUCUAAAGAAGCAAAGGUUGUAUGACUAG